UUCACAAACCAUCCAGCCAAUCAGAGAGCUGCCUGCGUUAACCUGGUGACAAAGUUAAUUUAAACAGGAAGUCAUUUACAUACAAGGCGCGAAAUUCAAGCGUGUUGGUGACGGAGGAAAAGGCGACUCGUUCGCCCCAAGCAUGGCGACAUUGUUUGAUGGGAUCAGCCAGCAGCUGGACUUCACUAGCUGUGGAGAGGAGGGGAGCAGCAGUGACAACAGCUCCGAUGAUUACGUCUCCAGGAUUCGUAGCCCCCGGAUCCGGAGUCCCAGGAUCUGCAGUCCCAGGAUCCAGAGUCCCAGCUCUGCAUGCAGGACUCCCAGGGCGCAACGCCACCGCAGUAGAAGUAACACCUUAUCUUCCCCUGUACAGUGCACAAGCCCCAUACCUUACACUUUCUGGAAGAAACUGAGGCUCUGUGACUCCCCCAGCACACCCAAGAGCUUGCUAUCGAAGUCGUCCCAGCCUUGCUCAAGCACUAAGAUAAGUCGCCAUCAGAGGGCCCUGCGUUUUAGCUCAGUUGCUGCUAACCACGUCCACGCACCCUCUGUCAACGUGAAUCCUUUUACCCCUGACACAGUCCGCAGGAGCAGCGAGCAGCAGUGUACAAACAGUAGUAGGAGUGAUGAUGAUGAAGAUUAUGGACGCAGGUUGAAACAUAGCUUAACGUCAUCUGAGGAGGAUGAGGAAGCCUUUCUCCCACCAAAGAGACGAGCUGUCCAAGCCUUCAUGCUGUCACGAUAUGAGAGUGAGUUCCUGGAGCUGGAGUGCAUUGGCGUGGGUGAGUUCGGGGCAGUUUACAAGUGUGUGAAGAGGCUGGAUGGCUGCUUGUACGCCAUAAAACGCUCCCGGCGACCCCUGGCAGGCUCUGCCAAUGAACAGCUGGCCCUUAAGGAAGUAUACGCUCAUGCUGUUCUUGGACACCACCCACAUGUCGUACGCUAUUAUUCAGCAUGGGCAGAAGACAAUCACAUGAUUAUUCAGAAUGAAUACUGUGACGGUGGAAGUCUCAAUGAUGCCAUCAUGAAAAAGGAGGUGGAGGGCGAGCUGUUUUCAGAGGCCGAGUUGAAAGAUCUGCUUUUACAAGUGUCUAUGGGGCUGAAAUACAUCCACAGCUCAGGCCUCGUACACCUGGACAUCAAACCAAGUAAUAUAUUCAUUUGCCAGCGUUCCAGCACGAGUGCUGCAGGUGAAGGGGAGAGUGAGGAGGAAGAUGGUGCAAGGACUUCAGCGGGGGUCAUCUACAAAAUUGGGGAUCUGGGUCAUGUGACAUCAACCAGCAGUCCUCAGGUAGAGGAAGGGGACAGCCGCUUCCUAGCCAGUGAGGUCCUGCAUGAGGAUUACAGCAACCUCCCCAAAGCAGACAUCUUUGCUCUGGGCCUCACGGUGCUGCUGGCAGCUGGUGCUCCUCCUCUUCCUCAAAAUGGAGAUGAAUGGCACAGGCUCAGAAAGGGCCAGCUCCCCAAACUGCCAAAGGAGCUGUCACCUCCCUUCAAGGGCCUACUGCAGUUGUUGCUGGAUCCAGACCUGACAAAGCGUCCGUCUGCCAGGGAUCUUUGCAAACACACAGUCUUAAGGGAGGAGAGGACUGGGCGGCUGGCUGCUCAGCUACGCAGAGAGCUCAACGUUGAGAAGUUCAGGACAGCCAUGCUUGAAAAAGAACUGCAGGAGGCUCGUCUGGCAGCUUUUUCACUGAAGCAGAAGCACCCCCCUGGGCUGAACCCCUCAGAUAAGAUGGGGUCUUUACCCAAAACAGGAAGGAGGCUUGUCGGUAGGAAGACUGCACGAUCCAUAAGCUUUGGUUGCCCAGGUUUGGGAGUCUAAUGGGACUCCUUCUGCAACAAGGUUGUGGCUAAAAAUGUAGCGUUUCUAUAUGAGAGGACCAUAUGACAAGAUUCCCUAUACGUAGCGAUGGUAGUUGGAUUUGGGAAAAGCUGGAUGGACAAUCGUAUGAGUCUUCUGAGUGGACACAUUGUAAGUGAAGGACUGUAGAGGCUCGGACAAAAACUGGUUUUAAAGGACUAAUCUGAUUCAUUUUCACCAGGUUGCUGCAGACCAUUGUACUUAACCCGGUCAUGUGUUUUUAAUUUUUUUUUAACUUGUAAAUAAACGUUUUAAGCAUUUCA